UUUAUUCAUUUUUUUUUUAUGUGCAAUAAUUUUUAGGUGGUGUUUUGUUGGAAGGUGCUUGAGCACCAUCUAGUGGCUAUGCGAGCUUCAGUGGGAAUGGAUUGGACGUCUUCCACUGUCAAUGGGAAUGAACCAUGAAGACGAAAUUUCUGUUACACUUUAAAAGCCUUAUUGCACGCUUUACUUGUACUUAUAUGAACCAAAAUUUAGCUUGUUUCUAAAAACAUAACCACUUGAUUGCAUUGUUUGUUGUUGUAUUAUUGUUAUUAUUAUUAGUUAUAAUUAAUAAAUAAGUAGAAUUAUCAAGAUUGUUUUUGUUCAUGUUUGCUUCUUUUACUGUAAAACUUUGUAAUGGACUAACUAUAUUUGCAUUAAUACAAACUAAAUUGAUUUUUACGAUUUUGGAAUUUACGAGGCUUAUUGAACGCACCUCGUUCGAUUAGCUCGAUCAGCGAUUAUUCGUCCUAGCAGUGGACUUGUCUCCUCGAUUGACGACUCUAAAAUCGUCUCAUGGCGACUCAAAUCGCCGGCGACGACGACGAAUGUUCUUUUUGCCAGAUUGUCCAAAGCCAAACUGACACCGAAAUCCUCAUUAGUGAUGAUGAAUUGUUGUGCUUCCGGGAUGUGAAGCCGGGUGCUGGCCAUCAUUAUCUCGUCAUAACCAGGACCCACAUUAGCAAUUGUAAAGCGCUGCGUGCAGAACACAUUCCUACAGUGGAGCGCAUGGCUGAGAUGGGAAGGAACGUUUUAGAGAAAAAUAAAGUGCGAGAUCUCAACGACGUGAGGUUGGGCUUCCACGUUCCUCCAUUUUCAUCUGUGCCGCACCUCCACCUUCACGCUUUGGCGCCUGCUAGUAAGAUGAACGACAGCGCGCGGCGGAGAUACGGGCCGCAGUCGCACUGGUUCAUCACCGUGGAGGAAGCGCUGUCUCAGCUCAGAACACGUGGCAGAAUCAAAUAAAAGUUUGAACUGGUUCCAGGGGCGCUGGAAGUCACUCACAGCAGGGGGUGCUGAGGAUCUUUUUUAGGUUUUUCCCAUCCAAAAACAGCUGUUUCAGUCCAAAUUUGUCAUGAUCGUGCAUUUUUCCAUACAAGGUGCGCAUAAUGGAAGUACACACACAUGCUGGAUAGUUUAUGUACUACUACUAGGCUACUACAAAGACAGCGUUGUUUUGCUUACAGUGCCUGUGUAUUAUAAGGCAAUUCCCUGCAGCUAGACUGCACAAUGACACAAAAACACAUUUGAAAACUAAAAGGUCCAACAAGCCUCGGUUUAACGGUCCACUUUCACAAAUAGCACCUUAUUCAACGUGACCCAGUAGAAGCAAGGGGUCAGGUAUGGACCAUGUUAUUUAAGAAAAACAAAACAUUUCGAGCAUAUGUAUUUUAGUGCUUCAACAAUUAACUCGAGUAAUCGAUUAGAAAAAAAGAUUAGAAUAAAAUUUUGCUGCUUCGAGUAUUCGUUUAAUUAAAGUCGCUGUAAUGGUUUAUUUUGAGAGUGUUUGCAUUUAGUUUUAUUGAUUUGGUGGGGAUACACUGCUGUCGGGUCUGCCCAUUUCACAUGGAUGAAUCCAGCUGCUCCCUGUUAAGACCAACAUAAGCUAAGUCUUUGUUUGAGCUUGUAUUUUUAGCCGUUUUUUGUGGGAAUACGUGUCUGAACCAUUUGUUAAGAGCAUAGUAAAAAAAAAAUUUUUUUAAGCAUUUUACAGCAUUUAAGCUAGCAGACUUUUGCUAUGCAAGUUAGCCAAUUGUUCUUUUGUUGUACAUAGAUCCUCAUUUAUUGAUUUUUUUUUUCUACUGUUUGAGGCUGAGCUCAGGUAUUUUAAUUUUUUAUGUUCCUCAUUCGAUUACUUGAUUAUUCGAACUAGUUCACCGAUUAAUCGACUACUAAAAUAGUUGAUAGCUGCAGCCCUAAUUUAUUUAAUCCCAAAAGUUAAAUACAUUAGUGUUUAUCCCACUAAAAACAUUUUUUUUUUCUUCCAAACUCCAGUGCUACUGACUGGUUCACUCCCAUUGACUGUAAUAGACGUCCAAUCUAAAAAAAUAAAUUCAUUCACUGCCAUUUUUUUUUAAAUUUUUUAAUUGGAAAGUUUGAUGAGCUUUAAGUUUAAUAAGCUUUUGUAAUGACAGACUGCGAAAUUAUUUUAGGAGAGUUAAUUUAAUCACAGUAGUUUGAUUUAAAUAUAUUUAUUGCAUAGUUUCUAUCAGAAUUUUUUUGUAUUUAUUGAAUCACGCAUCAUUGUUUUGGUAUUUUCUUUGAAUUUCCUGGUCAUUUUAGAGGUGUUUAUAAUUGUCUUCAUAUGUACAUAUUUAUUGUUAAACAAAACAUAUAAUUUCGUUUUUUUGGAUUAUGCAUUUGAAAAUGUUUACUGUUGUUUAUUUCUGUUUAUUUGAGUGCUUAUUGCUAAUAAUGUUAUGUUAGCAUCUAUUAUUAAGAAAUAUAUUCACCUUUUCUUAUUAAAUAUUAACUCAUUGGCUACCAUUGACAGCGAUAGACGUCCAAUCAUUUGAACUGGGACUAGUUCAUUGUCUCGCAAUUACACCUAUUAGCCGCUUGGUGUCAGUCAAGUGAUUUGUAAUGUAUUCUCUCUCAUCUGAUCAGCUAAAUCCUUUUUCUCUUCAAUGCAUAUUUUUCAUAUGAAUACGACAUAUACAACAACACAAUAUAAAUGUUGUGCACUAGUAGGUCAUGCACAAAAAAAUUAUUUGCAUGUCACGUUGUGUAU